ACUGCACAAACAGGCAGAAAUUAUCGUAGGAGGACGAUGUGGCGAAAGAGUCAAUAGUAUGCUGCGCACUUGAUGGCGGCCUCUGGCGUUUCUGCCUUCGGUAUAAAGGUAACUUUUUGAUUUCAUCCACACUCACACAUGGUCUAUUACUCAAGAACCAGUCACCACGGUCAGAAGCGCGCAUCGAUACCGAUAUCUCACUCAACGUCUUCAAAUUAACGAAUCGAUAACUCCCCUGAACGCCUUUAGACAUUACAACAACAUUCAACCAUGUCUUCGUCUUCCAGCUCCUACUACCAGGACAAGGGUGCCUACGCUUCAAGGCCCUCCACUGGCUCGUCUUCCUCGUCAGCCAGCCACUACGCACAGUCCUCCUCCUCACGAAGGUAUGGCAGCAAGCCGACAACCGUCGUUCACAAUGGAGGAGGGCCUAAGUAUGACCCUGCCAACUCGAGUUCUGCCGAGAACUCUGGGUACUACAAGUAGAAAACUUUCUUGUAACAGCAGCGUUGAUUAUGGCAGGAAGGGAUGGAUACAACUAGUGGUUUUGACGACUGCGGCGAGUCGUCUGGUCGACCAUAGCGUGGUAUGGAGUUACGGUUGGAAUCUGGGCUAGAAACAGACAGGCUACAUAGCCGGGAUGAGAGGGGAUUUCUUUCCUGUUUGAAUCAGGAUCGUUGCUGGACAUCACCUCUUGUUUGAUCAGUAUUGGCGAGAAUGACUGAGGCUCCUUCGACAGUUGAACCUCCACUCGGUAUUUGGCGAAACGGUAUUACAUAAACCAAUCGAAGUCACGUUAUGACUCAAA